UGCUUUCAGGAUGUAAACAAACUUUUGAACUGUGAGACAUUUAAAUCCUGAGCUGUCAGAGAGUGGUUCAAUACUACUUAGGAAGACUUUCAGGAAAACCCUUUGGGACCCUGAGCUAUGCAGCAUGUGUUCAAAAAGAGUUCAAAUACCUACUUUGUCUCUGAAGAAAGACCCACCCUGAGCUUCAAUGAGGAGACCUACCAAAACUUUGCUGAAACUCUGCCGACUGAAAUUAGCUUGAAAAUAUUCCGUCAACUGGACACUCACAGCUUGUGUAAUGCUUUGUUAACCUGCAAAUUGUGGUACCAUAUUAUUGAAGACAGUGAUCAUAUUUGGAGGGAUCACUGCCUGGUUGUAAGAGCUGUCUGUCAGCGACAGAUUGACGGGGACAGGCAAUGUGGAAUGUCAUGGAAGGUCACACUAGUGCGGAACUAUAAAAGAAGCUUAUUGAAGAGGGACUGGUUGAGAGGAAGAUACAGCAACGUUCAUUGUGCAGAUGAACUCCUAGACACAUACAUGUGUCCCCUGGAUGUUGAGACGUGGGGCGAAAUUCUAGAAGCAGAACUAGAUAGAUAGGCUAAUGCUAGUAAAAAAAUACUGGUUAUAGCCACUUGUGUAGAUAUAUGUAUGAUUAUGUGAAGCACUUGACUUAAAUUCUUGAUGUAAUUAUUUCUUAUAUUAUUAGGCUUGUCGUAUGACAAACAUAAAAACUAUGUUGAUUUAUAUAUUUUUUAAUAGGCCCUACUAUUAGGAAUGAUAACUUUUGUGUCCACACCAAAUAAAGUGGGGUCUUUUUGAUAUUCA